AUUCAAAUUAUUUUCUUUCCAAUUGUUUUAUUCAUCUUCUUCUCAUAAAAGAAAAAAAAUAUUCUCUUCCUCCCAAACUCCUGAUCAUGUCUCAACCAACCGCCCACCGAAUUGGAAGGAGUCCGAAUUUGAAGUUUUGGGCAAGGCAUGGAUUGAAAUUUCGGAGGACGAUUCUGUCAACCAUUAUCAAUCAUUGAAUAAAUUUUGAAGGGACGUUGGGGUAAUAUUUUUCGAGAAUAGCACAGGCAUUUCAGGUCCGGACGAAGGCCUACAAAAUUGAUGGAAAACCAUACUCAAGAAAUGUGGUUCAUGGAAUGCGGCGUCGAGAAGAGCAAACACGACACCAAUGAGCGGAGAAAACCUCAACAUGUGGUUGAACGAGCAAAAGAAAUUUUUUAUGAAGACACCAGGAAGCUUUUCGCCUUGCAGCAUUGUUGGGAGAUACUUCAACAUUCUCCAGAGUUUCUGCAACUAUUUCUUUCCCCCGUGCCAUCCAUUCCACCAAUGGGUGGAUCUUCAUUAAGCAUGCCAUCUAGUGAGAAUGAUAGCCCUGACAUUCAAAAUGCUAGCGCUCGCUAGAGAGAAACGCGAAGUUGAAAGAGAACCAAGAGAUAGAGCAAGAGAAUUAAGGGAGAAGAAUAGACAUGGGAUGAUGGUAAUGAAUAAGGAUCUUUCUCAAAUGAGUCCUCGAACUGGGGCUUGGUAUUAGAGACAAAAAUAUGACAUUGUGGCUUCUUACCAAGAUGCUCCCGACAUGUAAUAUUUUGAAUUUGCUGCUUUAUAGCUUGUAAUUUUAUGUAGUUGACUUAUGUUUGAUGUGCGCUUUUCCUAGAUUGUAAUUCUUCAGUUGCUAAUGCAAAUGCCUUCCUUUUUGUAAAAUGGUUUCUUCGCGAAUAAGAAAACAAUGGGCCU